ACACUAUCAUACUUUCAUCGACACCGUCGAACAGCUGUUCACAAAAUCCACAAAGGCAAAUAGAUGGAAACACAAGUUUAGUGGCCUUGAAAAUGCCACUAAAGCGUACUAAAAAUCCAGUUGACAAUUAUUUCACUUACAACGAUAAAAUCCGCAAAAGUACAUGCACAGUAUGUCACUUCGAUAUGGCUGGCAGGCACUCGGAGAAUCUGAUGCGUCAUCUGAAGCGCAAACAUCCGUCCACAUACGCCAAGGCGUUGCGCCAAAAGCAGCUCCAACGAUCGGCGGCCCAAAAUGCGGGCCCCCUAUCACCGAAGUUUAAAUUCGUAUCAGAGCCACAGAAAUUGUUAAUGAAAUCGGAAUUCAACGAACCUGGAAUUGAACUCGAUGACCAUGGCCAGUACGAGAGCAUCAACAUUGUCAAGAUGGAAUUGCCCGAUGAGUUGGAGCAAUCGCCUGGCCAACUGCAUGAUUUCCGCGAAACAUUCUCCGACAAAGACGGUGGCAACAACAAUAUGAGCCAAUUUAUUGUUACCAGUUUUCCAGACACAGAGACAACAUCAGUGAAUGCCAUUGCUAGUAGAAGCAGUUACCCAGCCACGACUACACCCAUUGCCAAUCCCAUGCAAGUGGCCAGCGAUGACGCUAGCUUUCUGCAGCUUCUAGGUCACAAGUUUGGCAAAUACAGUCGGAACACAAAAUACACGGUCCAAUACCAUAUUAACCGGAUACUGUACAAGGCAGAUAUGGGUUGUUACGGUAAUGCCGAUGCCUCCAUAUUACCCGACGUUUAGUUUGUAGGCAACAACUAUGUGAUCCGUACAAAUGCAUUACUAUUUAUUUCAUUAUUAUUAGAGCAAAAAUAAAAAAAUUGUAUAUUAAGU